UUUGCUGGCCGGGAAAAGGAAAGUAGGAGAGAUUUUUCUGCAGUUGCAGCGCGGCAUCCUUUCGCCACGCAUCUCCUCCCGCGAGUCUCUUCCAAAGACACCCUUUUUCUCACGCUCCCAUUUGGUGUUGGUGCUGCUGCUGCUUUUGAGAUCUCUUUGAAAAGGAUUUUCUGAAUUAGUACUGCCAUGUCUGAUUUUGAAACUCAAGAUACUGAAGAGACUGUAACUUGCCUGCAAAUCACUGUUUAUCAUCCAAAUCAAGGAGAAAAACCAGUCUUCAAUGCUUUAAGCUUCUGUCAUGAACAACAGCUGAGAGCAGAUGAUAUAGUGAAAUUUGGAAGAGAUCCGAAUAUCUGUCGUUUUCACUUUGUGGAUUCACGGGUUUCACGUGUUCAGUUUUGCCUUCAGUUUUUCAGGCACUUCAACAGCUCAGAAUUUGGUUUUGAGAUUAAGAAUCUGAGCAAAAAGGGAAAGUUAUCUGUGGACGGUGUUGAACUGGCCUAUCUAAAUAAAGUCAAUCUACCAGACAAAUGUAAAGUUUGCUUUGGAGAGUACCAGAUGCAAUUGCAAAAACAAGAAGGACAAUGUGAAGACUUCUUUAACAUCUGCUUUGAAUUGGCCAGAACGCCACUGUUACAAGAAAACAACCUAUUUUUAAAAAAACCAGUAUGUGAAAGCGGCAGUUCAUACGCCCAAUUUCCAACAGAGAUGGAUGACAAUGAAUAAAUUGGAAAAUUCCAUGAAAAA